AUGAGCGACCAGGGCCCGAAUAGACGCUGGAGUAUUCCAUUACCGGCGGAGCUGCACGACCACAUCGUGGAUCACCUCUGGGACGACCGUGCUGCACUACUCAUGCGCUCUGGCGUACCGCGAGUCCCUCCCCGCCACGCGAUACCAUCUGUUCAAGGAUGUCAGGAUCGAAAAACGGUCUCGCGUAACUCGUAA